UCUAAGAACAUCAGGGUGGGAGGCUUUUUUAGACCAGAAUUGAUUAUGGGAUUUUCCUGACCCUAUUUUAGGACUUAAACUGCUGAUCUCAAGAGUUGCAUGUAAAAAAAAUAAUAAUAAAACAUAACCAAUUCCAGACCCUGGUUCCAGUAAGAACAAGCUAGCCCUAUCCUAUUUGAGAUCCAAAUGGUUAAAAUCUAUACCCAAUUUCAGACAUUCACCCCCUCCCUCCUGCUCCAGUACUCAGUGAGCAAACACCUUCAUUUGUUAAAGGCUUCUCCUGUCAUGGUACUCAGUGGUUUCUAAUUGAACCAUUUAUAUCUAGGGGAAAAUUGCAACAUUUCAAGUAGUUCAGUGGCAAAUGGAAGUCUUCUAUACCCUCAUGAAUGGCGAGGAAACUUAACAGUUUAUGAAAGGCACAAUAAGGGAGAGGUAUGUUACUUUUUUCACUUAGAAAUGUCUUCAGCUGUGGCUCUUAAUUGACACUGGAUCCACCCACCUCUCUGAUAACAGACCCUUUAAGUGCCUGCAUUAAGAAUGAACAUGUUCCUUGGUUAGUAACCGGAAAAUAAUUUUUUUUGUACACAUUUCAAUAAUUUUUCAAAUUUUUAACUUGGUAAUGGAAAUGAGAAACAAAAUGUUUAUUCUGGCAUAGUUGCAUGGAAUAAAGGAAAAAUCUUAUGGUUUUGACCCAUAAUAACCACCUGCCAAUAUUGCUCAAGUACUCAAGCCUCAGAGUGUAAGGGACACUGAGAUGGCACGCUAGAGCCCUUGACUGGCUCAAGCACCCUGCGCAACCCUUACACCCCUCUUCUCUGCCCUUCAUUCUUCUCUUGUUGAACAUACAGAACAAAAUAUAUUGACUUGAAGAGUAGGACUGUCUGCUGUUCCAAAAAGUGGCUCUUUUUCUACCAUAAUCUGUAUUGAACAGGACUUUGGAAAUGUUUGUUUGAAAAACCGUUAGGAGCAAGGAUGGGAACAAACAUUAAACCUACACAUAGUUCCACCUUUGGGAUUCGACCCCACUCCCCCACCCCUCCUUGGUGGGAGGUGAUCGAGUGCUAUAUGCACCAUGACUCCACCCUUAGUCCCCUCAUCUCUUUUCAGCCUGACAAAUGUUUUUAUAAGUGAAUCCUGAAACCCACAGCUGUAUACUGCUCAAACCAAACUUAUUAAUAAGGCCACUAAAAGUUUUGUUUAUUGAACAGGCAAACCACAGUCAUGUAGUCCCUUCUGGUUGCCCUCCAAGUCUCACCUUUGAAUCAAGGUUUGAGUGUGGAAACCUAAAGCAAGCAAAAAGAAUGUAAGUAGUACUGUGAGUAGACUGUGGCAAACUCGUAAGAGUGGGUGGAGGGGUGUGGAGAAAAAACUUUCUGUGUCAGUUACCCCCACCCCAUAAAGUUUGCUUGCAGGGAGAGGCUUUACGGAAAGAUAUGCUGCGACGUUCUGAAGCUCAAAACUCAACUGAUGGUCUAUAUUUGAUAGCCCACACCAACGUUUCAGUUCUAUUGCCUUAAAACUUCUUCUUCUUUAGCAAUGAUAAUUAUGAUAACAAACAACAGUGGUAGAUAUUUACAGCCGUAUGUGUGUAUGUUUUUUUAAGAAACUCUGGUACUGUGGUAGGGUAGGGUGUGUGGAGAAGUGAAAUUCUACUAAGAAAAUAGGCGGAUUGAAAAAGGAAAAAAACACAGUAUUUUUUUCUUUCUGGAACAAGGUUUUAUUACCGAUUAUUUUGUAAUUUUUUAUAGGUUCAUGAUUUAUAACAGUUUUUUGUUUUAAUUUUUUUACAGUGGCAGUUAUGAAUAUGAUCUAGUUCUUAGUUGCGAUUUGUACACAAAACGACAUAUGCAGUGGUAAGAAUCUUUGCUCUUUUAGUUUAUAUACGAAUUUAAGAAGUGGAUCGCCUACGCAACAAAUAAUGUAAAAAAAAAGAGAACAGUUGAUCAUAGACGCGGAUUACUCUGUUCAAAUCGUAACUUGAGAAAUGUUUUCGAAAUUCAGUUGUGACACCAAUUUAUAAAUACCAACAUUUAAUGAAAAAGUUUGUAUAAUCUCUCUUCACAGUAAAAUUAUUACAUGUAUGUAAAACGUUCUUAAUGGCGUAACUAAGGCCAUGGCAAUAUUCUUCUAAAAAAAUUGGUAGCGAGCUCCGUUUCUUUUCAUAGAAAAAAAGGGAUGUUGUGCCUUCGAUGUAAAGCGACACUUCAGCGGAUCUUAUCCCUUCUCAGUUCUUUUUUUUUCCCUGAAAACUGGGUCGGUCGGUCGGACGUACCGCUUGAUAAAAAAUGGCCUAACGCACAGAUAAUGUCGAAAAGAGAAAACCAUCACCUUCUGAAUGGUCAAACCCGGGUGCCAAAGGUUUUUUUCUAUCCUAAUUCGUAAUAGUUCGCGGCGAAGGCGCCACAGCGAGGCGCGAAGCGCGGAGAGAGAAACAAAACUCCGUCCGUCCGUGUCGGGAGCUUUAUCAAACCGUGCGUACAUGUUAUUUCAUCCUAGAUAUUUUGUGAACGGACUUCUGGAGCCAGGGUAGAAUGUUAAUUGUGCUAAUGAGGAAACGUUCAAACGAAUAAAGAUAUGAAAAGAAGAAGGAGAAAGUGGAGAGGAUAAGAUGGUUAUGGUGAUUCUAGGAAAGAUAAAAUGGAUGACACAUAUUUCUACUUCAAAAGGAGAACUCUUCUGUUGCCUUUUUUAACUUUUUUUUUUAUAUAAGGGAGGGAAUAUCUAGUCUGCUUUAUGCAUUGAACUUUUAGAAAUCUGAAACGGAAAUUUUCUUGUCUCAUUUACCAUAGGUAUUACUUCCGUGUCCAGAAUAUGGUCCCUGGGGUAACUUACAAGUUCAAUAUCAUCAAUCUACUAAAGAAAGAUAGUUUAUACAAUUAUGGUAGGUAAUGGUUUAGUCUCUGCUACUAAGGCCUGUCUCAAACGUCGUGCUACUGCCGUGCUAAGCUGGCUCGACUGUAGCUUGACUGUAGCACGACACAAGCACGACUUGGUUUCAGACGUCGAAAUUAAUUCAGUCGAAUAGCGCGGGUGUUGCCGAAAACAAAACACAAAAAUAAAGAAACGGUUUAGCAAACUUUUAAAUGUAUUCUAAUGUAUUUAUAAUUUAUGAAUUGAGUUCGGCAGGGCAGUAGCACGACUUGGUUUCAAACGUCGCGCUACUGCCGUGCUAAAGUCGAAUUUAAUUCGAUCAAUUUAGUUCGGCACGGCAGUAGCACGACGUUUGAAACAGGCCUAAGAGGUAAAGCCAGUGACUUGUUGGGAGGAAGAUAGCCUUAAUACCCUCUCGAUGGUUAAAUGAGUUUGCACCAGUUGUUUUAAUCACAAACUUUAUUAAAGAGGAAGUUGUUUCGCUAACACAAGGCCGUAGAGUUCAGUUUACCUGAAGAAUUGAAUACGCUUUACAACAGUACAAACACUUCACUUUUCGGAUACUUACGCUUCAUCGCGCGUAUGCGUCUUGCAUGACAUAUUCACUCAGAUUUGCCGCCACUCCCACAUGCAUUGUUUUCAGUUUCUCUCGGUACUUACAAUUGUCCGAGAAGAAAUUGAAAAUAACGGUUUCAUGCUGAGUUUGGGGAGCAAACGAAGUGUAUGAUGGGACGAUGUUGAGUUGGCGGAUAGUCUUUUCUUCUGAAAUGUCCAGCUGUAGACUCAUGUUGAUGCACUGAGUCCUAAUUUUUCGUGGGUUUAAAAGUAUAGUCUGUCUUUCACUUAAAAAUUGUCGUGUUCCUCGUUGUAGGCAUGAAGCCCCUUUUGUACUCCGAGCGUGAAGCUACAGCGCGGGGUCUGGGCUGGAAAAGGGCUGGUUCGCACAUCAGUUAUUGCAAGACCACGUUAUACAAAAAUCCUCUGCUGCAACGCGAAUAUGUUUACUACACUCUCACUUUUCACAUGGUAAGUUAUUAAUGUUAAAGGACGAAGAUUUGGUUGGCUAAAAGCUUUAUUCGUAGUGUUGCCUACCAAGGCGAUAUAAAUGAAAUCUGUUGAGCAGUGGUAUGUUCAAUCAGCACUGGAGGCUAAGAAACUUUUUGGCCACUUAAUUAUUUAAGAAAUGGGAAAGUGUUGAUUCGCCUCUUUCACAUUGCCAAUACUCCAUCUUACUUACCUCCCAAAAUUUUGCAUUAAUAUUGUUUUUUCUUUCUUCUUGGGACGAGGAGGAAAUUGAAAAACAUUCUUUGGCGGGGGGGUGGGGGGCCUUUGGGGGUAAACAAGGUGUAUUAUAUCGGGGUAAUGUGAAAGGCGCGAAUAAGGCUGUGCGCAGUUACUAUUUAAAGACCCAAAACUUAGACUAGCAAACUGAAAUUUCUGACCGUGCUUUUGUCAUUAAAAUGUCAUGUUUGUUUGUCUUUUGUCAUUAAAAUGAGAAAAAUGACAAAACUCAGACAAAAAUUGCAAAUUAGUCACUCUGACGUCAUUCGCGCGCUACGCUAUUCGUUCGGCAGAUCGAGAGGAAAGCUCGAGAGGCGAGGCCAGGCGCUCGAGGGUACGUUUCCCGCUCUUUUCGGAAGUGGAAUUGCCUUCUCUCUCUUCUCGUGUCGAUUCAGCCAUUUUUGUUUCAAAUCGAAUUUCAGGAAUUUCCACACGAAAACGAUACAUGUUACUUAGCUCACUGUUACCCGUAUUCCUACACUGACCUGGAGCUGUACUUACGCACAAUGGAGGAUAAUCCGAAGACAGCACAGUAUGUGCAGAAGGAGGUACUAGCUAAUUAAAAAGUACAAAUUGUGGGUAGUUGCUUGGUGUUGGCGACGGGUUCUACUGAAAGGAAAGUGAUAUGAACUAUUUUUUCUCAGGUUUCCGCUUUAAAAUCCGUAAAAAUCCAUUCAACAAAUGCGAAGCAAAUCACCACAAACUUUAUCUUUCCAACAACCCCUGCCACUUUCAACAUCCGGGGACUUUUAUGUAAAUCUGUCAGUUAUGAGCAGUACGCGCACAGUUAACUUCCCAUGCGAUUUUACAGUUCUAACUAAAAUGGGGAAUAAAAGUAAUCCUGAACAACUUGCAAUCGUUUUUAGGGCAAAAAACUGGUUUGUUAGCUGAAACAACUAUUCCUGCGAACUUUGUGUUGCUCCGAGUAAGGUCCAGAUGAGGCCUGUAAAACAGACUUUUUUCCAGUCCCUACUUGUUUGUUCUCUGAAGCGAGUAAGACUUAGGGAAUAAGGGCCGCGGGAGAUGCCAGGAAGGACAAAUGAGGGAAAAGGUUGCUUCCCGAAUCUGAUCCGGACUUUCUUUAAUGCAAUCCGGUAAAUCGCUGAUUUCUCUUAAGUUCAAUUUACUCUAAACAACGUUUACUAUAUUUCUUAUAAUAACCGGCUGUGAAAUCGCAUUUACACUUUUUUCCAUUUCUCAUGUAACAGGUUCUUUGUAAAACUAUGGCGGGCAACAAUUGUCAUGUGUUAACUAUCACCUCUCCUCAAGGUUAGUGACCACGAAGCUGUACGCAGUUUUCUAGAAUUAUUUUAUUCUCACCCUUUCAAUUUGCGCCAUACUUAUUCUUGUAUUUUUUUUAUCUUGUAGUUCCUGAAAGCGAGAAGCUCGGCGUAGUCGUCAGCGCCAGAGUUCAUCCGGGAGAGACUAAUGCGAGUUGGAUGAUGAAAGGCAUGUUAGACUUUUUGACCUGCGGUCAUCACAUUGCCGAGGUAAAGACUGGUUUCCAGGCCUUAAUUCAUCCGUUUAAAUUAGAAUAGACCUUUGUCACGCGGCGGCCAUUUUGUCUCAGGAGAUUUAAAAAGCUUUGUUUAUGCUUGGCUAGCCUCGCAGCCAGGUCAAGUUCCCCUGGGACCUCUACUGGAAGAAAAAAACAGAGAAGCUAAAGAGGUCCUUUUAAAGACAUGCCCAGAGAGGUGUUCUUGUCGUCUUUUAAAAUUAUGUUGAUGUUUUCUUCUUUUUCUUUUACCGUAUGCAUUUCUCCUUUUGGCAGAAACUUCGUCGUAAGUUUGUGUUCAAGCUUGUCCCCAUGCUGAAUCCGGAUGGUGUGGUUGUGGGCAACUACAGGACGAACUUGGCGGCCAGAGAUUUGAACAGAACUUACAAAGACCCAAAGAAGGUGAGGAGGUUUAUGGAAAAGGCGAAGUUAACGUCUUGACUCUAGGAAGCCGAAGUGUUUUGACUGAAAAUGGUAAAUAUAUGAAUUUCAUUAUAAAUUUGAACCACGUAAUGAAGAAAUAAAUGCAAAGAAGAUCAUCGCAAGUAAGGAAGCAACUUAUGUAUUUGUGAAAAGGAAGCCUGAAUAACUUCGGGCUUGUCGGGGUUAGGGUACGAGUCCGAUCAGGCAAUAGUGUGGAUUGUUUGUGUGGGAUCAUUAGCCGGAGCACCCUUGUUGGUUAGUGGAUUUUGAUCCUCAUUGCCAGCGCUAGUGAUUUAUUCCCUCAGCGGUCCUCAGUAGUAUCGAUCGGCUGCUGUGUUGUCUCACAGUGACCGUAGUGAGAAAAACAACUAUAGACAAACCCCAUCAUACGCUUACAUUGCUUCACCAUAUUGCGCAAGCCUCGAUUCUGGAAGAAAAUGAUGACGAGCGGCAAGGCUACCUCUCUUACAAUGCAGUCUCCUGCAGAAGCGGACGUUUUACGGGCAUCUACUCUACGGGGAAUUAAACAAGAGGCUGAAAAACUCAGCUCCCAGUUGGCUUGCUAGCUCAGUUGGUUAGAGCGCUGCACUGGUAUCGCAGAGAUCAGGGUUUGAAUAUUGUCAUUAUAAGCCAAUCGCGUGGGGAGUUGUGCAAGGGAAAAAAAAUUUCCUUUGUUCCAUCCUAUGAAUCCUCGUAAGCCUCAAUGUUACCUCCGCAUCUACGGAGUGAAGGCUCAACAAUAUUCUUAGGCAAGAAAAAUGAUACUAAAGUUUGGCUUAAUCCUGGGUUAAAUUUAACCAUCUUUUGAUGGAUCCGGGCUAGAUGAAGACAAGCAGAACAGUUGAAACAUGACGACUAAUAACAACUAGGUGAAAAUAACGUUUGAACGUAGUUUUUCUGUAUUUAAAGUUUGUAUUUAUCUUCUCACUAUAGGAAAGUUUCCCCACUGUUUGGCAUAUGAAGAAUAUGUUGGAGUCAUUCAAGAAGGACCACCAGGUAGGGGUGCUUUUGAAAGAUUUACAAUUAAGGUCCAUCGGGCGAGUGAAUGGCCUUGAAAAGGUGCCACCACGCGUGGGGCCUUUGGCGUGAUCAGAUAUAACGAGCUUUUAUUUGAGUCUGGCAGGGAUGUGUUGUAAAAAGAACUGAAAUGAUUUAAUGUUUUUUAAUUUACCUUUUUCAGGUCAUUAUUUACUGCGAUCUUCACGGACAUAGCCGCAAACCAAACGUCUUCAUGUACGGUUGCACAGCAGAUCCCAAGAUGGCGUCCAUGAGCAACUUUGUAGAAGAACGUCUCUUUCCUUGGAUGAUGUCACAAAAGGUACUAAAGUAGAUUAUAACCGUUUCAGUGCCAAGAGUGACCAAGAUCAAUCUUCUCUGAACAAUAUCAAUGCAUAAUCAAGAGAAAAGGUUAGGAGAAUUUUUAAAAUGAUCACCUAAAGGAAUAUGCUUUGAUCUUUAAUCGAGCUCUCGGAAGUAAUUCUUUAUGGAAUUGUAUGAAGAUCAUUCUGGCGAAUUUCUUUGUGAAUAUUGGGGCUUAAAGACUUGUACAUGUUUCUAGUUCCACGAAGAUGCCACAGGUGGACAGCUUGCAGAAGUGGUCACUACGCGACCCUACGUGAUGAAGUUCGCGCAUAGCACACCCACACAAACCACUGAUACAGAGCAAGACUGAUAAUGUGAAGAUAUUUUGUAAACAAGAAAUAACUGUAAUUUUUCCAGAAACCGCCAUCGCAAUUUAUCAAGACUUAGAUGUUACGAAGGUAGAUUUAUCAUUUGGACGAGUUUUCGUGCGUAAAUAUUCGUAAUUAAGAAAAAGAAUAGAUCCUUAUAGGUUGCGAUGCCGUGAGUGAUUUGAACAAUAUCUUUACUGAAUAAAGCCUAUCACAAGCGUCUUUUAGAAGACACCCCCUUCACAACUCAAUAAAUACAGUACCACAAGUGAAGAGUAAAACAAUAUGUUUUUCGUCUCUCACCUAUAUUUCGGCCGUGUUAAACGGCCUUCAUCAGGGUGAAUGGCCGUUACAAGCAUCACACACCAUUAUAACAUGAUAACGAACAAAUUUGAAAACUUACACGCGCUACAAAGAAAGAAAAACACGCGCGCGCUCUUACCGGACGCGAGAUCUAGUCGACCUAUUCUGGCUGUAAAAAAAGUCACUUAUAUUCAAGCCCUGAGGCUGAAUACAGUUCAACCUAUAGGCCCACUGGUUUACUGAAUAAAGCGGUAUCGACAUCUCUUUGCGAGUGCCAUAAUCAGGUUGCGUUGUAUUCGACCUAAACAUGGAUGUCUUGUUUUGUCUCAGGCGCCUGACAAGUUCUCGUUCAGUGGUUGUAAAUUCCGAGUGCGCAAGUGCAAGGAGUCAACUGCGCGCGUUGUUAUGUGGCGACAAAUGGGCAUUACUAACAGCUUUACUAUGGAGGCUACCUUCUGCGGAGCAAACUUUGGCGACAUGUGAGUACCUGAUUAUUGCCUCUUACGAGCGUUUUUUGUGCGAAUUAUGACUUAAAAACAGGGCAGUGUGCAUUUAGUCCUUUGUCGUGGGUAAUAAAAUUGAGGUUGUUGUCCUAAAUAGGUUAUGUAUUUUAGGGCUUUUGUUGUCCUAAACAGGGUCGGUCAGGGUUCCCUCAAACCUGCUUUUCGUUAGCUAAGCUCAGGUAGACUGUGUUCUAUGAAAGGUCUAGAUUGCUUAUGUCCUCUUAAUCAUACAAUGUUUUGUCUCUUAGUGAGAAAGGAAGACAUUUCCACGUUGGUGACUUUGAGGAGAUGGGUCGAGAUUUUUGUGAAGUGUUGCUGGAGUAUUCCGAGGCAAAAAACGGAAAUCGGUAAAUAUUUGUCAAAAUCGUCCAAAGUCUCUUUGGAAACUCACUACUGUUUUGUAUCUCGGUUGUAAAAAGGCGGGGCGGUAGGGAGGCUCAGAUGUAAUAAGUCACGUGGAUCUGCGAUUAAGGCCGCAUCAUUAAACCCCUUAAGAAGCCCUGUGAGGAAAAAGACAGACCCCCAAAUUAUCCUGGGGCCCCCAGAACUUGACCCACGAAAAGUCCCGGAUGUGAAGUAGCUUACGUCUCUUAAUGAAACAUGUGCAAUGAUUUUACUCAUAAGUUUAGAACCCUUCGUUGCAAUUUCCUGUUAUCCUAACAAAAAGGUCCGGGGUAAGGUUUUUUACCCAAGAAAUGUUAUCGCAAAAUUUCAGCCGCGCUAAAAAAAGUCUGGGAUCGCAGAUUUCAAGCCUUAAAAUGGAGUUUUCACCUCCCCGUCACUGUCAUUUCGUACUAGAAAAAGGCGAUCAUUAUUACAUCCAGGCGCAGCACAGGGAUCUUUUUCCCGUUGCAAUCUUGUUCUGUGAGGGCUUUAAGAAGAAAUGUCCCGAAAAGCGCUCGAAAAUACAAACGAAAUACAAACGAAAAAAUGCGCUCAUUCCUGGGGAUCUCUCUAGGGUUUCCACACACACGUGAGAAAGGAAGAAAAACAUUGUAGUUACUUUAAGAUGCUUCCAACUUGAUAUACAUUCAUUGAAGGAAACUCGACCGAGUUAGAUUUCGUAAAGACUCCUGGGUUUGUUACUUGGGAUGCGCAGGUCAGAUAUUGGCCAAUUUUUUCCCAGUGCUAAGUUACAGUCCCAGAACGCGGCAAAGUUUGUUUCUCGUUUCUAAAAUGGGGAAUUAGUUAUCUUGGGUAAAUUGGUAAAUCAGUUCUUAUUUCCUUGUAGGAGUGAGAUGACACAGGCGUUUGUGGAGCUCGCCUGUAAAAUGACACGUGAUAUCCUCAGACAAACCUUGGGGAACUUCAAUCAUGAAAAUGUUUCCAAAGAAGACUUUGUAAUGAGCAAUAACGGGACCACACAUACAAGAGAAGGGAAAACUCAAAACAGUUUGUCACUAGGAGAGGAAGACACAAAAGACCAAAGGACUAAUUCCACUAUCAAGGCGUUUCCUCUUUCGACGAAGAAAAAAGUGAAUUUCAUGGAUGUACGUGUUCAAGCUCCAGGGAGCAGUGUAGAUGACAGCGUGGAACUCUCUGUGAAAAGCGUGCAUGUCGAUUCGUUCAAUGACUGUAUUAAAAUACUGGAGAAUUUAAACUUAGUAGACUGCUUCGACGAAUCAGAGUAAGUGAAUUUUUUUAUUUCCUCUACUCCCCAGUAAUGUCGUAUAUAUUAGUGUAGGUAAUAGCAUGAUUUGUACGUGAUAUUUCAGAACUGUUAUACGUUAAAUUCUUAGAAAAUUUUGAAGUAUGACAAGUGGUAUUUAUGCCAAAUAUUACGUACAAAUCAUGGUAUUAUUUGUUUAUACUACUACCCACGAAAGGUUCGUAAUGUUCACAUGUAAUUAUUUCAAAUUAAGCUGAAAUACCACUGCUCUAAGCCAAUCAAAUUGCAGAAAUUUGUCAUGGAAGGGUCUAUUUGUCCCUCGAGCCAACUGGUAGAGUUACUGAUGGCAGGUCAGGUCCCCAUUUGGAACUUUGAUCGUACACGAAUUAGGGUCUUUUUUAUAGCUGAGCUUUUUGCUGGCUGAGAUUAAGACCGGGUUAUCGCAUUAGCGGACGCUGAGGUCAGUUAGGCCGUCGCCUCAAUGUUUGUCGACUUCAUUCUUUGUUUUCAGUUAUAAAGACUGCUAGCAGGGAAGCUUUCAAAGGGAAGCGGCGGUAGAUCCGCAUAAUUAUGAACUCUUUGAAGGUGGUGGUGUGUUCCUUCCCUAAGAAAAAAGCGAGUGAACGACAAAGUGGUAGAGAGAGUGAAAAGAGCAAAACUGCAUCCUUUUCACGCUUUUCCAGGGUUCAAGAGUGCGCGAUCAGGGUGUUCUCUUCUCUCCUUCUUGUAAUUUCUAGCUCCCCAGGGACGUAGAAGAGAAAAAACCUUACCUGUCCACCAUCCCUUCUGCAAUUAGCGCCAACUACCCAGGAAAGCGUUACCGGUCAGCGGUCGUUUAUCCGUUAAAUUUACUACUACGUGUUAUUUAGUUCUAGUGACUCAGACAGUGACACGGAUGACUGGGACGACAAGGAAGACGAGGCCAGCGGUAACCCGGUAAGGAUUCUGACUGGUCAAUCUGUGCGAGUGGCCAUUGCGGUGCAACGCUAUGCUUCUUAUUCCAAAACAGUGGUAGAUUUAGUCAUUCGUAAAUGUCUUCACGAUAAUGAGCUCUCCACGUCCCGUUUCAAAGUAAACGUUUUUUGGUUUCUGCAUAUGCAUUCGAGGCAAAUAGGGCUAGUUAGCGUAUACAAAUACAUAGAAAAGUCAAAUUCCUCAUUCGAGAAACUAUAAGCAAAAAAAGGGAGGAGGAAUGGUUCAAGCUUUCGGCGCAACGAUUUCUGGGACUGUUUUUUUGGACAAGCGUAAAUUGUGAUUGAUUGAUGGUUGCCUUGAAUACCGUCAACCAAUCAUAACUAACGCUAGUCCACCCAAACGACCCAAAACUUACUGCACCCAAAGCUUAUAUCCAUUCUUCUCAGAGUUUCCGAAGUAUCGACUAAAGUCACAACAAAAACGACUUGGAGGAGUUAGCUCCCAAAGAAACUAUGGUUCUGCGUCCUUGGGCGGAGUGAAACUCAAAAAUUUGGUUCUAUGAACCGAUUCGAUAAAGUAAAUUACCACCGUAAAUAGUUAAAGGAAUCUUCCUAUGAUGUUAAAACUUAAUUAUUGAUUUUUUGAAAACCUAAAGUUUCGCGUUUGAAAUAACGGUAACAUGUAUAUACUACGAGCAAUCUCUCUUUUUUCUUAGUCGGUCGCUUGAAACGCGCGAGGGACGAAAAUGACCACGCGCAUGACCGAAGGCGUUCAAACAUUAUUCGGAAGUUGUGUUUCUGUUUUUGAUAAUCUUCAUUCUUCUUUUUCAAGGGGGAAAGAAAGAGGAAGAAAAAGAAGAGGAAGAAAGCUAAGCACUGGUGGGACACCUUGUCGGUAAGUUAAAGUUCACGAAUGUAUAAUUCACGUAUAGUGUUUUAGCCUGAGAAAAGAGCCGACACUACCACUGGUUUCCCCGCCAAAUAACGUCUGAGAAACGAGCGCAGACAUUCCAUACUGAUGACGCGUCACCACUCAGAUCUGGGUAAUGCUUCAUAUUGGUUGAAGCAAAUUUUCAACGCGACGCAACCAUUAAGAACCACUACCUAGAUAUGGGUAGUAUCACGUCAUUUGGCGGGAAACCAGUGGUAGCGUCGCCAAAUGUCGGCUGUUUUCUCAGGCUAACAAUAGUGUUUUAGUUUUCUAACGUUACGUUAACCCGUCUUUUCUUUCUGAAAAAAAUCGAUCGAAACAAACAAAACAAGACAAACAACAACCACAAAAACAAAACAUAAUAACAAACACAACAACAAAACAAUCGUUUUUUUUCAGGUUGGGGAUUGAAGGGUGGUUUCUCGCGGAUUUAAACCGUUUACUUUUUAAAGUAAUUCCUGUACUGACUAUAACGUUGUUAACUUUGUUUCUUUAGAAACCAUCUGCUUCUUCGGAAACUAGCAGCAGUACUACUACAGACGAAGAUUGUGGCAAUAAUGAGGUACCGUGUUUAUAUUUAAAGACAAAUACUUAAAGUCAGAGCUCCUGCGAUGAAUCUCAACCACGGGUGCAUCGCACGGCAACCUUGCAGCUCUCGGAAGACCUCGCGGAAUUGGUUGGGAAAACAAUGAACAAACAAUGUUACAGUAAAGAGUCCAAAAGUGUGAUCAACCUCCUUUAAUUAGUUCAUAUUCUUCCGGCAAGCAGACAUUAACCAAUGAGAAGUCGAGGACAGUUUCCAGCUGGCUUCUGAUUGGAUUAAAUCUGGACGAAAGAAUGUGAAUAAAUAGCGGUCACACUUUUGGGCUCCUUGCUGUACGGAACCUAGCCCGAAGACAAAGGAGCUACGACAUAUACGUAGGGGUCCAAUUAAAUUAGUGGUUUUGAAAAGAAGCAAGGCUACCGCAACAACCUACAGUGUUCGUACGUAAUUUAAAAACGUUGUCCUUGAAAGCCCUUGAAAAGUCCUUGAAUUUUAUAUGGCAAGAGGUGCACGAACUCUGAACCUAAACAAGUGACAUUUCUCUCGUGAAAAAACAUUGCGAAUGCCGUUUGCAUUCGCGGUUUGCCGUGAAAUGAGCCGGGUCGAAUUAUUGCAUAAGCUUCACGUUAACUAGUUUAGCGAGGAUAAGGUAUCACAGAAUAAGAGAGAGGUUAAAAAAAAAACAAAAAACAAAGGGGAAGCAGAAAAAUUAAGGCGGGCUUGAGAAAAACACUUAACGGGUAAACUUUGAAACUAAUAUGUUGUUCCAACAUUUUCAAGAUCUUCUCAUUUUUUCCCACUGAUUAAGUUUGACAGUUUAUAGCUGGGACUUGUGCCCAUUAAGCUUACCAAAUGAGAGUUAGCUUAUAUACUACUGGUGAUUAGUUAAAUUUUCAACAAACUUUUGUCAAUGAUCUGUCGAUCUUAAACGCAAGUUUUUCAAACAUUUCCUGUAACUUAAAUGCAGUUUAUGCAAUUCUUUCAAACCUUCAAAGAAUAAAGAAGUUUAUCACCUCUGCAUCGACGUAAACGAUAUGACUUUGUCGCAGGCGAAAUUCCUUAAAUGUUGCUUAGAUUGUCGAAUCCAAGCGAAAAACCAAAGGAGAUGUUAAAAAGGGACAAUCAGACCUGUUGUACCAAGCAGGCUAUGAACCGUCACAUACCGUAUGAAUAAAUUUUUUUCGACCACUGAAGCCUUAAUAACAUUUCAGUUCUUCUCCCUUCUAAUUUUUUUAAUCUUUCCUUGUAACAGAGGGCUAAGGAACGCUGUGGACUUAUCCACACAGUAACGUAUCCCAGUUUCUUGUUAGUUAAUUAAAACCUGUUAACUAAACACAGAAACCCAAUGUAACUUAAAUUUGUUUUAAAGCUACGUGAAUCGAGGCGAAACUUAAACCAGUUAACUUUAAGAAUAGUGCUUAGCCACGCGGAGUAACAGCUAUCCUGUUAACCACAGAGUUAAGUAGAAAAUAAUUAUUGUAAAAUAUAAUCUUUCAAACGAAUUUCUUGAAAUUCAUAUGCAUGUUACAUAAAGUGUGGGGAUAUGAUCAAUUAAAAUAGUGACACUGGCGAAAAUAUGAUGCGUUGUGGAAGAAUACGUUGUGAAUUCAGCUUAAAUAUGAAAUCACUAAAUUCGUUUUAAUUCUGCGAAGGAAUGACUUCCAAAGUUAAAACUGAAUUCCGUAGCUUGGAGGCGUAUUAAAAUAAUGCCUCUCUUAUAUACCUUGUUAAAUAUUGACACUCGUUGCCUGCGUCUUUCAAACAGAAAAAAGUGAAGACUAACUUUGGCAAGUUUGUCAAUCCAUACCAGCAUCGAUCAAAUGGCGGUAUACCAAUCUUUUCUCAAGAACGAAUUCUGGAGAGAGCGAAAAAGGUAAUUAUUAUUCGAUGUCCUGACCUUGUCUAAACCACGGUGUGGUAGAGAGGUACUCACACGGGUGCUGACUCACUGAACGCUUAUGACUUUAAAAGACUUGGCCAAGAAUCCCUAAAUUUUCCUGAUAUCGCUCCGGAUUUUGGUGACAUGUUUCAAAGGACUUAAAAUCUCUCUAUUUCAGCUGAUCUUCACGGACUUCCGGCCUCUGAAGAAUCUCUUAACUGGAAAAACAUGUUGUCAAAAACACUUUCUCUAGACAUAACAAGACGGUACAACUUACUUCUGUCUAAAAAUAUUUCGAAAUUUCGAUAAGUGAACUCCAGAACACAACAGUUAAUAUUAAUUGCUACAGAAGUAAAACUAGUUACUCAAACUCUUGGCCUAAGGUGGCUCGACUGGAUUUUUUUGGGGGAAUACCUCCCAAGUUUUCAUCUUUAUAUAAUACAGUUGUGGUAACCUUUUUCCCAUAUCCGACGUAGUUAAUGCUCAAACGUGGGAGGUAUCCCCCCAAAAACUCCAGUCGAGCCACCUUAAUAACUGUCAGCCGUCAAAAGCUCUGAAAUUUAACCGUCAACCGUCAAAAUUGGGAAAAAUAACCGUCAACCGUCAAAGCUACCACCCCAUAAGCUACCACCCUCCUCAGAGACAUCGGGCAAGGCCGGCACGCGCAAACUCAUUGGACUGGCGAAACGCGAACCAUCAAGGUAUAGCUGAAGUUCCGUCUUGCCGUUUGUUACAAGUUUUUAAGAGAAGCCUCGCAAAAAGGCAGCUCAUAACAUGGCACCUAACCAUGGCAACAAUCGUAUUUUACUAUUGGAACGAGAUGCAGUUUUUAGUUUUAUAUUAGUGUUGUUUCAUUAAGUUAAGUUCACUGCACCAUCCCUUGUUAUGAUAUUGCACGGUUAUUUGUGAAACCGUCUCAAGAGAUUUUGUAGCACUGUUCUCUGAACGUGAUGAGAAUCCAAGAUGGCGGCCAUGUGGAAAUCCUGAAAUCACGCCACGUCAUAUUAGGGAGCUUACGAAUUGACGACUUUCGCACGACGACGCCGUUGGACUGUGUGACAGGCUUACUGCGCAUGCUGAUCUGGGCACUUGCCGGCGUCGCGCCAAAGUCGACGCCGUUGUUGACAGCAAUUCGCCGGCGUCCUAGAAAAAGCAGGACGUGAGACUAAUUUUUAAAGUUUUCCCUACAUACUUCAGCGGAUUUUUCCAGAUAAUUCAAGUAUCACAUUAGAGACAUGUUUUUUACAUAUGUUUUCGAUUUGUUUGCCUGUUUCCAUUGGAGUAACGACCCGAAGAAUCAACACCCUAGCUAGCUGUAGACAAACAUAAAUUAAUACCGAGUGAAACCAUAUUGGCAAGAUGGUACCAAAGCUACAACUAGACCAUUGCAAGUGGUUAUCUCAUCACAGUAACUACAGCUGCGUGUUCAACAAGUUUAUAAAUGCCCUCCCUGUAUAUAAACGCGCCUUGCAUUCGUCCUUUGUUGUCUUGUCUAAAUCUGUAGUUAACUCUGAGUUUGUUGACGAAACGCAUAAAAGUACAAAUACAGUGAAAUACUCGGUCCUUUAUAAAUCUGUUUCCAUAAGCGUCUUCAAUACGAGCUCUCGUUUCUCUUAUGAAUUUAGACAUUUUAGUUGAACAAAUAAGCUUACUUGUGAAAAGAAGAAAACAAACUUCACAAAUGGCGGGAAAAUUUGCCUGCCGCGCGCACCAACGUCGUCGUCUUUACUACGAAUCGUAAAUUCAAAUUUCUACAGGACGGCAACGCAGAACUAUGAGUUGACCCAGCGGCGGCGUCGUGCGAAAGUCGUCGAUUCGUAAGCUCCCUAUUACUGGCCUGACUUUGAGCAUCAUGGAACGAACAUUGCUCAACAUCGGUGGAUGGUGUUGGAUUCACCUUUUAACCAGGCCCCAGUUGCUCAAAGGGUGGAUGACACUUUCCAAAGGGUAAAUCCCUUUUCACUGCAUACUGGCUCACUUAGUUUCCCCAAUACUUAUCCACUUGACAGUGAUUUAUCCGGUGGAUAGUGCUGUCCACCGUUUGAACAACUGGGGCCAGACCUUUAGAAGUCUAGCAAUGUGAAUCUUAUUUCUUUGUUCUUGGUAACACACUCACUCCAUGAGCCCCUUUUAUUUUUCGAAUACACCUUCCCUAAAUUAAGUUGCGUUUCUUUAGAAAGAGGAACAGUUGCAUAAUGGAUCACAGGAAACAGAAAGAAAAGACUUCCUUGUGAAGGUAACACAAACUUAAGCUGAUAAUGCUGGCAGUUCGAUUCAGCCAUUUUGCUGUCGGGGAUCAUGCAUAACUUGUUGGCUAGAUUGAUUGGGUCGUGGGUAAAUUGACGAGGGUCUUAGGUGGAGUGAGUGGGUCGUAAGUAAAUUGAGGGGGUCAUGGGUAGAUUGAGUUGACUGUGGCUAGCCCUCGGUAGGAUAGAAGUGGGUCUUACAUAGUCUGAAUGAGUCGUUGGUAAACUACCGUUAGUGGUGGCUAUAUUGUAGUGAUCCCUGGCUAGAUUGAGAGGCCCUUGGUAGAUUGAGUGGGUCUUGGGUAAAUUGCCCUGGGUCCUGAGUAGAUUAAGUGUGUCAUCGGUUGAUUGAGCAGUUCGUGGGCAGAAUGGCGUUGGUUCCAGAAAAACUAGCGCAGGUCGUGAUUUAAUUAGCAGGGUUGCUUCUUAUCAGAAAGUUGAAGAUUUCCUGACUUUUCUGACCUUUUAUUAACGAGAAACAAUCCAUGUUUACAUUCGCUUUAGCUUCUUUUGCAGCCCAUCGAUAUCUUUGUCUUCAUUUUUAACCUCUUUCCGAUUUUUGCGGAGAGAGUAAGAACGAAUUUGGAAGAAAGCAUUCACAAUGAAAACCACUGACCACAACUACUACAAGUGUCAGGCGUAGAGUGUCAACUUGAUCGCUUUGUUUGCUUUGCAGCACACUUUCUGCUUUUUUGAAAGAAAAUACAUUUCAAAAUCUUGAAGAAAACUUAUGAACUAUAAACCGAAAAACCAAUUUCCCUGACUUUUUUAAAAAUUCCCUGACUUUUCUCUGACCGUGGCAACCCUGAAUUAGUUGCCGUGGCUUGAUGUUAGGUUGUAAUAGGUUAAAGAUUGUAAGAAUAUAGUCUACUGUAAAACUGUACAAUAACCAAAGCGGCAAAAAUAAACUAAAGGAUUUACAAACAGUUUUCUUGCACACGGAGCAAAUGAGUUGACGCCUAACUUUCUUGCAUUGCAGUACGCGCAUGAAAAACCCACAAAUUCAGGCCCAGUCCUUGCUGUAACAGACGACACUGAGCUUAAUUUCGUCACGGCUCAAAGACGUUUAGAGUAUUACAUGUUCGCUAACAACACUACCAAUCCGAACUGGGGGAAUUUAUCUACAAACCCGGGCCUGCGCAAUAAGCCCCCUCUUCCCCAUUCAAGACACGUUGUAGAGAUGGAUUCGUUUAAGGUUGACUAUCUUACCGGGGAUGGAUACGGAUUUACCGUCAGGAUUCCCGGGAGGAAACCACAUCGAGCCCGGACGCGCGACGGGCUCGAACGCGGAGCCAGACACUCACUUCAAACUUUUGAGGAAGCAAGAAGCAGGUUGCGAAGAAAACAGAUUUCUCCGGCGUAUACCUUUGACCUAUCCGACGAGAGGAUGGUCUUUCCGGGUAGAACUCCUAGUCUUUAUACUACUCAUCACAAUACUUACUAUGGCGACGAAUUCGAAGAAGACCCGGAUGUUUUUUCACGUGUCAGUGCCAGCAGGAGACUGGAGCAUUCAGAGUUUCGAAGGGGAAUGACUGGCUCGUCUGAGGGUGAUAUUCUCGGACAGAGAAAAAGAAACUUUGCGCGUUCACGGAGUGAACAUGGAAUGAGAGUCAGGAGUAAAGACUUAGAUGAGGUGACGUCACAAAGCGCUGGACAUAGAUCUAGACACGAUCGCCCAUUGUUUGAACCCAAGGCCCCAGUCCCUUCAUACUCACACGUCUCUACUCCUCUGGUCAACAAGAAGCAGAGAUAACGAACAAAAAGCACCACCGUUUCGUAACUUUCGUCUGGGAAAAGCAUCGUACGUGAUCAUCGAGUGAUCAUGUUCGACGUAAAAAAAUACGACAAGAACUCGUCCACUGCGUCGUGUGAACUAUGAAAACUGUGUACUCAAUACGUUGAUGCUUUCCAUGGUUUUCCACUUGUAGCCCGCUGGUUAUGACUUCACUACACACACCGGAAGUUGAAAUAUUCUGGGCUCCAGUCUCUCCCUUCCACAUUCUGUCGCUAGUGACCGGUCACUGUCGAUCACCAGUAAACGCUGAACACAAACUUGAAUAGUGGUAUUAGUAUGUGUAAUCAAAUGGUG